AUGGAUGCAGAAAGAGUACCCGUUGGAAAGCGAAAGCCAGGGAUGACGGCUAAUUUUGACAUCGUGGAACCGCCAAUUGAUGACGAAUCAAAGGAUAUUUCUCGCUCUCGACUGUUUAUUGCACGCUCGACGUGGUCAGUCGCGCCGCACAAUGCCAACGGCGGCCACCAAAAUUGGAACAAGCCGCGAUCGAACAUAUGGAAGACGCUGGCAACUUUCUGGAGCUUUUUCAUAAUGGGGGCUAAUGACUCGGCAUCUGGUCCAUUGAUUCCCUAUCUUCAAAGCUACUAUAAACUCUCCUACACCGUCGUCUCGGUUAUCUUCCUGUCCCCGUUGGUUGGUUAUGCCAUUGCCGGAGUGAUCGAUGGCAAGUUCUACACGGCAAUGGGCCGCCGAGGGGUGGCGUUGAUCUGCCCACUAUGCCAUCUUCUCGCCUACAUUAUUAAUUCCUUUCAUCCGCCAUACCAUGCACUCGUCGUCGCCUUAACAUUUGCCGGUGUGGCUAAUGGCUUAUCGGACUCGGCCUGGAAUGCAUGGGUUGGCAGCAUGGAUAAUGCCAGUCAGCUUCUGGGCAUCCUGCACGCCUUUUUUGGUUUAGGAGCUGUCUUUGGCCCUCUUAUUAUAAGUUCGCUUGUUGCGCAGGCUGGUCAUCCAUGGUACUUUUUCUAUUAUGUGAUGAGUGCUUUCUCGUUCGUCGAGCUUAUCACCUCCCUCGCCGCUUUCUGGGACAUGAAAGGCGAACUCUCGCAAUACCAGGCACCUGGACAGCCAGGGAAGGCUGGUAGUAGUGGCGGUACGAGAAAGGCAAUAUUUCACAGUCCCUUCGCUCGCGUGACCUGGCUUUGCUCCAUGUUCUUCCUCGUCUACGUAGGUAUCGAGGUCGCCAUAGGAGGAUGGGUCGUGACCUUCAUGAAGGAAGUUCGAAAUGCCGCGGAGUAUGCAAGCAGCAUGACAGCCACUGGGUUCUGGCUAGGGCUAUCAGUUGGGAGGCUCGUCCUUGGAUUCAUAACGCCCCUGAUCGGCGAGAGGGUCGCAAUCCUUAUCUACAUCACCCUCCAGAUCGUCUUUUGUCUCGUCGUCUAUCUCAUCCCUAACUUCUACGUUGCUGCGGUCGGUGUGGCAAUGCAGGGGUUCUUUCUCGGACCUUUGUUUCCUGCUGUGGUUUAUGCAUGCGUGAAGUUGCUUCCCGAAGACCUACAGGUCACGGUCAUUGGAGUCACGACGGGUUUUAGCAGUAUAGGAUCGUCGCUUUUGCCGUUCUUGGUCGGUGCCAUUGCGGAUACUGAAGGGAUCAGGUUUCUUCAGCCGUUUAUACUGGGAUUGUCGGGUGCCAUUAUGAUUCUGUGGGGUUGCCUGCCGAAGAUUCCGAGGACAUUGAAGAACUCGAGGAGGAAGACGGUUCGUUUUGAGGGGUACUGA